AUGGAGGACCUGCUCAAAGCCCUCUCCUCUCCUUGUCCCCCAGAACUGAUUGCAGAUUUUGGGCAGCCCCAGAGUGAGGACACCAUCGAGGAGCAAGUCCAGGAGCUGCUGCUCUACGAACUGGGUUUCCUGGUCUGCAUGGCCAUCGGGCUUCUCUUCAUCAUCCUCGUGCCACUGGUGGGAUGCUGCUUCUGCUGCUGCCGCUGCUGCGGGAACUGCGGGGGCCGCCUGUACCAGAAGCAGGGGCGGCCGAAGGGGGGCAUUCGCUGGGAUGCUCUGGAAGCGGGGGCCCUGCAGCCUGGGGUCGGUGCGGGUGAAUUCGGAGGGUCCUGGGCUGGUGAUGUCUGCGCCUUCGUCAGCAACACCCGCUUCUCCCAGGCUGUGGUUGGCACCUUCCCCAUCCCCGGUGUGGAGCGGCAGCUGAAGGCACUGCGCGAUGUGUCUGGCUCCAACAUCGCGGCCAGCUUAGAGGAGGUUAACAGCACGCUGGACACCAUCCCUGCCAAGGUGCAAGAGCAGUCCCAGGACGUGGUGACAAAGGCCCAGGACCAGCUGGGCUUCAUCAGGCAGGAGAUCAGGAGCUUGCAGGAGCAGGUGCCACUGCUGGGUGUGGAGGAGAACGUCGGGGCCUUUGUGGGUAACGCCACAUCGAUGCUGGAGGAGUACAGGGAGCCGGUCAUCACCGUCGAUGGGCUCAGGUGGGGCGUGUGUGUCCUCCUGUGCUGCAUGGUGCUGCUGGUGGUCCUCUGCAAUUCCCUCUGGCUGCUGCUGGGGCCCCUGGGGCUGAAGGAGAGCAUGCUGCCCACCCAGCGCAGCAGCCUCUCCAACGCUGGCGGGAACUCUCUCAGCUCCCUCGGGGUCGGCUUCGGCUUCAUCUUCUCCUGGCUGCUGAUGCUGCUGGUGCUGAUCCCCUUUGUGCUGGGGGGGAACAUCUACAUGCUCGUCUGUGAGUCCUGGCGCAACCAGCAGCUCUUCGAGCUCCUGGACACCCCCGGCCUGAUCCCUGGCUUCAACCUCUCGGAGCUGCUGGGCCAAGAGGGUGGCACAGCAAACUUCUCGGAGAUCUACAGGCAGUGCCAGCGAGACACUGCCCUGUGGCAAACGCUGCACUUGGACCAGAGCGUGUCCCUGGACGAGCUCUUGAACAUCAGCCAGUACACAGGAGAGAUCUCCACAGCCUUCGAGAAGUUGACCAUCACCCUGAGCCCCAUCUCCCUGCUCAACCAGAGCCAGAGAGACUUGCUGCUGAACGCCAGCCGGGACGGGCAGCCCCCUGACUUCACCUCCACGCUGGAGCAGCUGGAGCAGAGCGUGACCCAGGGGAGCCUCCUGGAUCUGGCCGCAGAGCUGGAGCAGCUGGCAGACAAAGCGGAAGGGAACGUGACAGACGACCUCAAGGCUGAUGCUAGCAAGCUGAGGGAGCUAGAUGGGGAGAUGCAGACGAGCUUCUCUGGGCCGCUGCAAAGCCUGAAGGACAACAUCCACUUGGUGCAGAGCGGGGCUGCCCAGCUGGAGGCACAGACAAAAGCUGCGCUGGACAAAGCCAGUGAAACCCAGGAGUUCCUGGAGAGGGAGAUGGCAAACAUCAUCAAGAACGAGUCAUGGGCCUUCCUGGAGGAGCUGUUGGACUUCUUUGAGACCUACAUCUCGUGGGCCAAGAGCAGCCUGACGGGAGAUGUGGCACGUUGCAAACCCAUAGCUCAGAGCCUGGAUAAUGUGGAGGCCAUCGCCUGUGACUACAUCCUGGACUCUCUGAACGCCUUCUGGUUCAGCCUGGGCUGGUGCACCUUCUUCCUGCUGCCCAGCAUCAUCCUGUCCGUCAGACUUGCCAAGUUUUACCGCCGCAUGGACAUCGCCGAUGUCUACAGCCGCCGGCUGAGCUGGCUGCAGACACGGGCUCAGCUACUGGGGAAACUGGGGGGAACUGAAAUUGUGGCACGGGGAGCUGUGUGCCACCACGUCGGCGAGCGUGGGGAAUGA